AUGUCGUACUGGCUAGACACACGUCACCGAAUGGCUUACUGGCUAGACACACGUCACCGAAUGUCGUACUGGCUAGACCGCACGUCACCGAAAGUCGUACUGGCUAGACACACGUCAUCGAAUGUCUUACUGGCUAGACACACGUCACCGAAUGUCGUACUGGCUAGACACACGUCACCGAAUGUCGUACUGGCUAGACACACGUCACCGAAUGUCGUACUGGCUAGACACACUUCACCGAAUGUCGUACUUGCUAGACACACGUCAACGAAUGGCGUACUGGCUAGACGCACGUCACCGAAUGUCGUACAUGCUAGACACACUUCACCGAAUGUCGUACAUGCUAGACACACUUCACCGAAUGUGGUACUGGCUAGACGCACGUCACCGAAUGUCGUACUGGCUAGACACACGUCACCGAAUGUGGCACUGGCUAGACACACUUCACCGAAUGUCGCACUGGCUAGGCACACUUCACCGAAUGGCGUACUGGCUAGACACACGUCACCGAAUGUCGUACUGGCUAGACACACGUCAUCGAAUGUCGUACUGGCUAGACACACGUCACCGAAUGUCGUACUGGCUAGACACACGUCACCGAAUGUCGCACUGGCUAGACACACGUCACCAAAUGGCGUGUUGGCUUGA